ACGUAUUGAGCGUGCUGCUGAUGCGAUGCCGCCCCAACUGCUUCCAUACAUUUUCCUCUGAACCCAGCAAACACUGACUUUGAGAUGUAUCAUUGGACUGAAGCAGCACCCCAUAGGCUAUACAUUGAUACAAUAUAAAAUUCCGUUAUAUAGGGUUUUCGUAUUUAAAGCAAGAACGGGAUAGACGACCCGACGCAUAUUCGCUAUCAGACAGGUUAACCAUUGAAAAGGCGAGCUUUCGAUCGUAUUUGAAAGAAGUGGGGUUCGAACUGAAAGAUGCUGAGCGAUUCCAUGAUGUCCAUUUUGGGUGAGAUGCAAGCAGAUGUCCAGGGUUGGCAGCGCGGAUGAAGCUUCUCACGGACCUAUUUGUAGGAUGCUGAGACUUGGCGAUGGUGGAUCCUUGUGGAUGGGAUCUUAACCUUCCCUGCCCCUAUCCUCCCUGGCCCCUCUCCUGAGAGAGCCCUCUAUCCUCUCUCCACCACCUCGCCCCCGCCCCGUCGCCAUGACGUCCACGUUGCAGACGCUGGCCUUGAAGCUGGCCCCGCCCCCUCAGGACCUGAGCCCCGAGCGAUUGGACGGGUGCGAGGAGACGGGCCGGCGCUACAAGGUGGUCCCCUCCGUGGUCUGCUCCAUGUGCUGUCUCUUCGGCAUCAUCUACUGUUUCUUCGGCUACCGCUGCUUCAAGGCGGUGAUGUUCCUGACGGGCCUGAUGUUCGGCUCCGUGGUCAUCUUCAUGCUGUGCUACAAGGAGCGCGUGCUGGACACCCAGCUGAGCGCCGAGGCCAGCGUGGGCAUCGGCCUGGGCAUCGGCACGCUGUGCGGCCUGGUCACCAUGCUGGUGCGCAGCGUGGGCCUCUUCAUGGUGGGCCUGCUGCUGGGCCUGCUGGUGGCCGUGGCCACCCUGGUGGGCAUGGAGGAGCUGUCCGACAGCCCCCCGCGCUCCGUCUGGGUGCCCCUGGGCGUGCUGCUGGGCCUGGGCAUGCUGUUCGCCGUGCUCACCCUGCAGUGGCAGCGCCUGUUCACUACGCUGUCCACGGCCGUGUUCGGCGCGGCCGUCAUCACCGUGGCGCUGGACUACUUCGUGGAGCUGUUCGCCCUGGUGCUGUACGUGUACGAGCGGGUCAAGGCGGCGCCCCCGCGGCCCGUGUGCUGGGUCACCUGGGUGGUGCUGGGGGUGUGGCCCGCCCUCGCCCUGCUGGGGGUGCUCGUCCAGUGGAAGGUGACAGCCGAGGGGUACUCCCACACGAAGGUGAUCAUCAGCCGGCAGCAGAGGCGGGUGCAGCUGAUGCGUAUCCGUCAGAAGGAGGAGCGGCGGGACUACAGCCGCAAGAAGAAGAAGAAGCAGCCCAGCGCGCACCACGCCAGCCAGGCCAAGCCGCUCCACCCCGAGCCCGCCUACCGCCGCAAGCCCAACCCCAUACGCCGCUUCGACGGGGACGUCCUCUCUCCCAGCUACAUCCAGAGUUUCCGGGAGAGGCAGGUUGAGGCCCGGCCGUACCCCCCCCAGGGCAGGCUGGGUGGCGGGCCUCACACCAUGGUAGACGUGGACUAUGACUGCGGUUCCACAACACCCCUCACUGCAGUGGCAGGGCCCUCACUAAGGCUGUAGCCCCAACCCCCGGACUCGAUCGAACCUCUCCCCCUCGCGGGCCCGAACCACACGCCCAGUUGCCUCAAGAAGGGGGCCACCUCGAGACCACUCCCCCCCAUCCCCACGCUACAAAUGCUGGAGCAAUCAGUGUGAUGCAAGAACGGCAGACGAACACCCCCGUUCCCUGUCUGGCGCCCGCACGGAAACACACACACAGUCACGCAAGCACGCACGCACGCACGCGCAACACUUUCACGAGCACCGCGGCCGCACUUCACUUUCCCGAGCUACCGGCCCCCCCCCCCCCCUCAGGAACUGCCGUCCCCGGCGUCAAGGGGACACGGCUGGCACCGUGACAGGACGAUCGGGGACCCGGAGAGGUUCAGCUCGGCUCAGGUUUCAGCAGAGUCUUUGUGUCACCGCAGCGGGACGAGGAAUGGUGUCUCCUCGUUGUCUGAACUCACUGUGUGUCUCGUCUCUGCUGUAGUCACUCUUCGCUCACGUAUGACGUUUCCGACCACGUUUAAAGGGGAACCGACAGACUCUUUUUGCUGUGUGUGCCAUCCUGACCACUUUUCACUUUGAAGACCGUGUCAUGUCUUUUUCAGGGGGGGGACAGCUUUCCGCACCCUUGGUGCUGGACAGUACACUUCUUACUAAAGGACAUUCAACUCACCUGUCCCUCUUAAAAUGUGGAUCGUUCCCGUCAGUGAGGGAGGAAGAUCCAGUUUUUUGGGUGCCUUGCUCCUCCUUAGACUCUACCAUUCAGCAAUAGCUAGGAGGGGUGUUACUGGUGGAUCUCUUCAAUCUUAAAACGAAAGACAAGAGUGAUAAGUUAUUGUUAUCGCAAUAGGGUUACUACCAGCAUGUAGAGCGUGGACGCAGGGUCAAAGGUUACGGCGUAACAUGCCCUUGGAUUUACAAUCGCCUCAGGAAGUCAGCUAGGGGUCAGCGAUAGGUCAAAGGCGGAACAGGUCAGUGUAGGGUUUGACCGAGGGGGCCACUGACCACACCAUCAUGUAGUUAGACAAGGUCAACAUUUCCCAACGAUAAUGUGCAUUGAUUUUUGGUAUGGCUCAUAACAUUGUGUCUGUAGUGUAUCAUAGUGCAACCUGGUAUGGUUUGUUAUUGUCUUAAGAGUCUGAUUGUGGAAGAGCGUCCGGCUGUGAUGUAUAGGUGGCCGUUCGUGCUCCAGUUGAACUAUAAGGCAGCCUCGAAGAGUGUCUUUCUAGAAUCCUCCAGACCAGGCCAUAGCUCCUGCAUGACUCUGUGGUUCUCUCUCUCUCUCUCUCUCUUGUGUGGUUUGGUCGAGUACACCCCCAGAGAAGGACUUCCCAGUGUGCCCCUUGUACAUUCUUGUGACCCGCGAUCUGUACAUAAACACUCGCACAGUGACUGUACUGCUACUUCUGCCAUUUUAAAUGUUGUUUCCUGAUUUGCUACAUUUCGAAUGUUUUGUUUUUCAAACAAAAUUGUUAAGGAACUUU